AUGGAGCUCAAUAGUCGGGAUCAAGACAUCAGCGUUGCUGAGGACGCCAGGAACUUGACCAAGAAGCAUUCAUAUACUGGCGGUGCUGGCGCUCCACCAUGUCCUGUUUCGCAAUGGCGAAAGAAGUAG